CUCCGCACACAACUUUUGCAUAAAGUCUGUGCCGCCCUGUGAGGAUUGCAGUUGAUUGCAGUUAUAAAGAACAAACCGAACAUAAGAUAUGGGAUGGAACUAUGGAUGGAACACACGCUGAUAUAUAUAUAUAAUGAAAAAAUAUUUUAAAAAAUCGCUUUAUCACGUUAAUACAAAAACACGUGCAAAUGGCUUCGACGAAGAUUGAGUUUGCGGUACAUAUGACUUGUGACAGAUGUGUCAAUGCAAUUUCCAAGAGUAUUGCGGAUCUAGAGGGUAUCCGGAAUGUCGACAUAUCGUUAGAACGUGGCACUGUCACUCUCGAAACAAACCUACCUUACUCUGUUAUACAGAAAAGAAUUGAAAGCACUGGAAGACAGGCAGUGUUGAAGGGAUAUGGAGAUGGAUCAAGUGCUGUAUCGAUGCUAGGUGGAAACUCAGGAUACAGCGUGGGCAACCUGAUCAGAGGAGUAGUAAGAUUUGCACAAACUCCAGAAGGAUGCAUCAUAGAUGGUACAAUUGAUGGUUUAACUCCAGGCGAGCAUGGUAUGCACAUACAUGAAUGUGGUGACAUAUCUAAUGGCUGUGAUAGUGUAGGUGAACAUUUUAAUCCAAAUAAUUCACCACACGGGGGCCCCGAAGAUGAUCUGUCCAAGAGGCAUGUCGGUGAUCUUGGCAAUAUCCUUGCAGACAUUUUUGGAAGAGCUAGUUUUCGAAGAAUCGAUAAAUUCCUUAAAAUACCUGACAUUAUUGGGAGAUCUCUCGUUAUUACGAAGGAUCCAGAUGAUUUUGGAAGAGGUGAUAGUUCAGAAUCUAUAAUAAAUGGAAAUACUGGAGCUAGGUUGGCUUGUGGUAUCAUAGCCAGAUCAUCUGGAUUAUUUCAAAAUACAAAGAAGAUUUGUGCGUGUGAUGGCCUUACUAUAUGGGACGAGAGAGAUCGGGCGCUUGCGAAUAAUCAUGGUACAAAAAAUCAUAUAAAGUCGACAAAUUUAUAACUAAUACGAAAACAGUGCAAUUUGUCUAAUAAAAAACACAUUCCGGGUUCAGGAUUUGUUUGAACAGAAAUAAAUGUACAUAUUGUAACUUUUCAAUAAAGUAAAAUAAAUUUCUCUAAAUAUCCAGUCUA